CUGUCGGAAAACAGUGGCUACCGCGUUUGUCGGCGGCGCGACGUCGCCACCCCCGGGGCGAUAAUUUGCGACCUUGUUCUAGGAGUUUUGCGCGUACCGCGACGGUGGCGAAAUUAGUGGUGCAAUAAAGUGCUUCUAUUCAGUUAUCCAAUGUUGGUUUACCAGUUUCAUAAAUUCGUGAUCACGUAGUCUAAGAUGAAAAAUCGUCGCUGACGCGACUACUGCAACCUCUUUUUUGAGGAGGACAAGUGGUAUCAGCCAGGACGAUCAAUAUAGAAUUGGCUGAUUAUCAACGUAGAAUGUGCAGCAACGAGAGCCCACCGCCGGCAAAGGAGCCAUUGGCCGUUGGCCUGGGCAAUCCAAUGGCUAGCUUUCUACCUAGUCUCGAGCACUAUCGUCUACAACUUUAUCACUAUGCAAUGACAGAACGAUUACGGAUGGUGCAACAGUUGCAUCCGCAACAUCCCGGUGUGGUACAUUCGCCGACGGGAGCACCAACGGCCCAUUUAGGUAUAAGUCCAGGUUUUCCGGCGCCGAUGCCUGUUUAUCCAGCUGCCGCUGCUGCCGCUGCAGCCGGUUACCCUGGACGAUUGGCCCUAUCUAUGGCUCUGCUCCAUCCACAUCAUCAGCGAAUACCGGAGGAACCGAAACCGCAACACAGUUACAUCGGAUUAAUCGCCAUGGCGAUUCUGUCGUCGCCGGAAAAGAAACUAGUGUUGUCUGAUAUUUAUCAACAUAUUCUAGAACACUACCCUUACUUUCGCACACGUGGGCCCGGUUGGCGUAACUCUAUUCGACAUAAUCUGUCGUUAAACGAUUGUUUCGUCAAGUCUGGCAGAAGCGCGAACGGCAAAGGUCACUAUUGGGCCAUUCAUCCGGCGAACUUAGAAGACUUCCGACGCGGCGAUUUCCGCCGGCGCAAGGCCCAGCGUAAGGUGCGCAGACACAUGGGCCUGGCGGUGGACGAGGAACCCGACAGUCCCAGUCCGCCACCCUUACCCGCUACUCCACCACCCCCGACGGCUCUCGGUCCCCCGGUGGCGUCGCAAACGAUGUCCGCGCUAUGGACACCGCACCAUCAUCAUCAUCAGCAGCAACAGCAGCAGCAACAUCAGCAACAACAACAAAAUCCUUUCCAAACGCAAUCUCAUCGACAAUCGUCCUUUCAGCCGUCGAGAAAACGGCAAUUCGACGUGGCGUCUCUCUUGGCACCGGACGAUCAGCAGCAUCAGAUCGAAGCAGAGAUGCUGAGGCCAGCCAAGUCGCGCAGAUUUAGUUGCAGCGAGGACGAAUUGCACGAUUUACCAGAAGCCGACCAGGACGACGAGGAUGUUGACGUCGACGUGGUUGCCGACGCGAAUGUUGUACCGUCGCCGGGCACGCCACCGUCGGCCAGUCCGGAUGUACCCAAAGUCUUGUCUCCGGUCGCUCACUGGAAUCAUCAGAGUGUACAGAGCGGCGGUCAGCAGCAGCAACAGCAACAGCAACUGUCGGCCGUGCACCUUCAUAAUCACCUGCACGUCAGGAACUACUAUAUCCCGGCUAAUUCCGCCGGCGGGUCCACUGUCUAAUGGAGAGCUUAGAAGUCAGUCGGUUCGCGGCAGGUAGUUGUUCCGUGUCUCGAAUGUCCAUGAUCUUUUCUCGGUUCUUUUUUUUCUAUAUUGUGAUUUUCACGAUUCUUUAUAUACGGGGCGUUUGCACUUAUUAUUUGCG